UUACAGAUGGAAAUCCCUAACUUUGGCAACAGCAUUUUGGAAUGUUUAAACGAACAACGUCUCCAAGGUUUAUAUUGCGACGUGUCGGUGGUGGUGAAAGGUCACGCUUUCAAAGCUCACCGUGCUGUUUUAGCAGCCAGCAGCUCUUAUUUUAGAGACCUUUUUAACAACAGUAAAAGUUCAGUGGUGGAAUUACCAGCUGCUGUUCAACCUCAAUCCUUUCAGCAGAUCCUCAGCUUUUGUUAUACGGGAAGAUUGAGUAUGAACGUUGGUGAUCAAUUUCUUUUGAUGUAUACAGCUGGAUUUUUACAGAUUCAAGAGAUUAUGGAGAAAGGGACUGAAUUUUUUCUCAAAGUCAGCUCGCCAAGUUGUGAUUCACAAGGUUUACACGUGGAGGAAACACCAUCUUCUGAACCUCAAAGUCCUGUAGCUCAAACAUCGAGUUGGUCAUCGAGUGCUACGGCUUUACCUUUAGUAUCAAGAGUGAAGACAGAACAAGGUGAACCCGAUGGGGUGCAAUGUACCUUCGUGGUGAAACGUUUAUGGGAUGGUGGGGCUAAAGAUGGAGCUGCUGGUGGGAAUGGAAGUCGAAAGAUGGCUAAAUUUUCAUCAUCUACUACAUCAGAAUCCAAUCGACAACCACAAGUAUCAAAUCCAACGGUGACUACGGUACCGGCUCCGGUAACGACACUACCAGGUCCAAAUACAACUGAUCAAACCAGUCCUGGGGGUACAUCCAGUGCUUACACCAGUGAUAGUCCUGGUUCCUUCCAUAACGAGGAGGAUGAGGAGGAAGAUGGGGGUGAGGAAGGUUCCGACGAGCAGUAUCGGCAGAUCUGUAACAUGUACACCAUGUACAGCAUGAUGAACGUGGGGCAGGCAG